AUGAUAGAAAAAGAAGAAGAAUUUGUCUGUUCAAUAAAUCAUAAACUUCCAAUUUAUAUGAUUGUUUGUAAAAAAAAAGUAGAGAAGAAUAAAAGAUUAUUAUGCAAUUAAUGUAUGGAUAAUUUAGAAUCUAAUCUAAAUAAUGUAAUGAGUUUUAGAAAGGUUGCUUUAUCAAUUGAAGAAAAUCAAAAGAUAAAGGUAAAAUAAGUUGAAUAUAAUAUUAUCAAGAAUAUAAAAUAGAUUGAUGAACUUUAGAAAACAUUACAUUAAUUGAAAUAACAUAUCACCUAAUAAUUAAAUUAAUUGAUUAGAAAUACAGAUGAAUGGAUCAAAUUUUUAUAAUAAAUUGGAUAAUAGUAUGUCAAUUAUAGUUUCUUUGAAGAAUUGGAUAAUCUAAUUAAUAAAGUUUCAAUUCAAUAAUUUUAUAUAUAGUCCUUUAAUUACUUAAAUUAACUCAAUUAAUCAUUCAUGGUAUCAAAAGAUAAUUAAUAAAUUGAAUUAAUUUAAGUCAUUUGA